AUGGUAGAUCAGGAGAAAAUGGCAAACAUUUCUACUCCUCCGUACAACCGUGAGUUACGCUCCAUUCUUAACUUUUUAUCCACAAGACAAGACAUUGAGAUGCAAACUGAGUGCAUUGAGACAACAUUAAAAAGGGACCUGGAUGAGAUCCUUGCAGAUCUCUAUAAUACUGCUAACAGGGUUGAGUCAUUAGAGCAGACUACCACUGUAUUGCAACAAAAGCUGCAACAUCUGGAACACCACCAGGAAGGUGACCAUAUCCUCGGUGGCGAUUUGAACUUAGCACUAGACCCUCUGCUUGAUACUUCCAAGGAUUCAUCUCACCUUUCCUAUGUGAAGUUGCGUAGGAUUAAGGCCGCCUUGCAUACUCUUCACCUUGUUGAUUCUUGUGUUAAGCUGUGCUCCAAGCUUUUGUCCUGUGAGCUGUCCGUCACGCAAGCUGCAGACCUGUCUUCUGAUUCUAUUGUGGCUUUGGGUCUUCCAGGCCUGUUCCUGAGAGUUUCCUCCAGUUUUCAAGUGCCUUUUGAUGGUGUUGUUGUCAGUGAAGAUUCUGAUGGUGAAGGCCUUGUUGCACAUUUUCCUGCACAUGAAAAGCCUAUUUGUUGCAUGGCAUUUAAUCCCAGUGGGAUGCUGCUGGUCACGUCAGACACACAAGGGCAUGAUUUCCAUGUAUUCCAAAUCCUUACUCACCCGUGGUCAUCUUCACAGAGUGCUGUGCACCACCUGUACACCCUGCAUAGAGGAGAAACUGAAGCUAAGGUGCAGGACAUUUGCUUCAGCCAUGAUUGCCGAUGGGUAGUGGUGAGCACCCUCCGUGGCACUUCCCACGUAUUCCCAAUAAACCCCUAUGGUGGUCAGCCAUGUGUCCGGACACAUAUGUCUCCCCGCGUGGUAAACCGCAUGAGUCGAUUUCAGAAGAGUGCAGGUCUGGAAGAGAUUGAGCAGGAACUGACUUCAAAGCAAGGAGGACGGUGUAGUCCUGUGCCAGGCUUGUCCAGCAGUCCUUCUGGCUCUCCAUUACAUGGUAAACUUAAUAGCCAAGACAAUUAUAACAACUUCACGAACAACAACCCAGGGAACCCACGCUUGUCACCACUUCCAAGUUUGACUGUGGUCCUGCCGCUAGUGCAAAUAAAACAACCAAUGACACUAGGAACUAUCACAAAACGCACAGGACCUUACCUGUUUGGAGCAGGAUGUUUUUCCAUCAAAGCUCCUUGCAAAGUCAAGCAAGCGCCACAGAUUUCCCCAAGCAAGUCCUCAGGAGGAGAAUUCUGUGUCUCUGCAGUGUUUGGAUCCUCCCGAUCCUGGUUUGCAAGCAGUCAAGGUAUUAAGAGGGACAAAGACCAGACUAAGCAGUAUGUGGUGGAAUCCCUAUAUAUCAUUAGUUGUUAUGGGACUUUGGUAGAACAUGUGCUUGAACCUCGGCCUCUAAGCACUGCAACGAAGAUAAAUGAUGACACACUUUUGGAAAUGUGGACUUCACCACGCGCAAGUUGGACUCUAGUUAGGACUCCACAAUGGAAUGAGCUUCAACCACCAUUCAAUGCAAAUAAUCCCUUGUUGCUGGCAUCAGAUGUGGUGCAAUAUUAUCAGUACCUGCUGGCUGGAUUGGUUCCUCCUGGAAGUCCUGGUCCCAUCCAAAGGCAUGGUUCUUAUGACAGCCUUGCCUCAGACCAUAGUGGCCAGGAGGACGAAGAAUGGCUUUCACAGGUAGAAAUUGUGACUCACACUGGACCCCACAGACGUCUAUGGAUGGGACCUCAGUUUCAGUUUAAAACUAUUCAUCCCUCUGGACAAACGACAGUGAUUUCCUCAAGUUCAUCAGUGCUUCACUCACAUGGUCCAAGUGACACCCCUCAACCAUUGCUGGAUUUCGACACAGAUGACCUUGAUCUAAAUAGCCUCAGGAUUCAACCAGUGCGGUCUGAGCCAGUUAGCAUGCCUGGAUCACCUCGUCCAGUAUCUGAUCGCAGAGUAGGAUCGACGGUUAUAGAUGCCAGCUCAGGAGCCUACGAUCGUAGUGUGACUCUUCUGGAAGUGUGCGGGAGCUGGCCUGAGAGCUUUGGGUUGCGCCACAUCUCUUCCAUUGAAAGCACAGAUGAAGGUCUCCGUGAACGGCUGGCUGAUGCUAUGUCCGAGUCCCCAAACCGAGAUGUGGUGGUAUCAGGAACAGAACUACAGCGAGACGGAAGCAUAGAGACACUAAGUAACAGCUCUGGAUCUACCAGCGGUAGCAUUCCACGCAACUUUGAUGGUUACAGGACGACUCUGCCAAGCAAUGAGGGUCAGCCUCUCAGCCUCUUCCCAUCAGGACUUCUAUAACAUCAAAUAACUGAAACAGUUUCAUACUUACUAUUCAGACUUUCAAGCAAUUGAAUGCAUAAUGUUCCCUUUUGUUUUUUUCUUUGUAUACUGUAUCUGUUAGAGUUCAUUAUUUGCAUAGAACAUUAGGUUGGAAAUAAGAAAUGCAGUGCAUUCCUUUUUGUCUUUACUAGGCGUCAUUGAUUAGGUAUUAGGAUUCGCUUUAAACACUAGUAUUACUGAGACAAUCUAAAUGUGACUUCUACCUGCCUGUGUAUUUUUUUGCAGUGGCAUGACAUACACUGGUGAUACUGGCAUAUAUAUUUAUUUAGAGAUAUAAUUUAAUGGGAAAUGCACAUUACUGUGUGUAAUAUUACUGUACUGAAUUUAAUAGCAAAUAUAUCUGAAUCUUGUGUGUUUAGCUAUACAAAACUGUGCUGAUGGUUCGCAUUUGACACACAUUAUGGGUGUGACCGUUGUGUCUCCAUUUUGUUUUAAUAAUUUU